AUGUUAUUCAGCAUCAACAUCAAGCCAUAUAUACCAUCAGCCUCCCAAUCCCAAGCACAAGAGUUGAUACCACCAUCCAGUAUGCCACAUUCAGAGAGCCCUGAGCAUGGACACUUGUAUCCACAUGAUCCACUACAGGUUACCCCAAAUUCACCUCAAAUUGUUGCCUGCAACACCCAACAUCCCACUUCUCCAGAUGAGCCACCUCUGCUUGAGAAAGGUGCCACAGGGCCUAGUCUAUCCUCACCCAGUACAGUUAGCUUGGACAGCAGUCUGGAGGAAUUCCCUCAGCUCCCAGUUCUUCAGAACAAUGACAAUAUUCUUAUAGACCCAGCUAUUCUUGCCAAUGGAAGGCUCUGGGAGAUUACACACCCAACCCUCACCAAGGCUCAGCAAAUAGUCAAAGAGUCUCAAUUCCUGUCUUGGCUGUUUGAAGGUGCCUUGGCAAGCUGCACACCUGAAUUUAAUGAGGGUGUGCAGUCAGCUGCUUGCUUGGAUUACCAAGGGGAGAUUGGGCCAACUCAGCAUGGGCCUAGUAAGGGGAAGAAAGGCAACAGAGGCAAGCAGCUGUGGCAAUGGUCCCCUGAGGAUGAUGCACAACUUCUGAGCAUGAUAGAGGACCGCCAGUCCUGGCCAGAGAUAGAGAAGUGUUUUCCGGGGAGGAUGGAAUCUGCCUUGCGCCAGCGGCAGUCUACACUUCGGAAACGAAGAAACAGGAGAGGGUUAGAUCCGGCUAGAUACACCACCAACACGCAUGUCUCUGUGGCUUCCUCGCCGCGGCCAGAUACUCCGGCUGUUGCCGCUAGUGCUGUUGACAGUCCCGCCCAUACUUCCCAGAAGCAACCACCAACCAGCCCUCGACCACCAAGGUACCCCAGGGUUGAAGUGGUGAUUCCCACCAGGUUGCCACACUCGCGAUCCACCAGUCCUUGA